CCCCUUCCCCGCGCGCGUCCGCUAUAAAUACUCGCCCACUCUUCGUCUCCCUCCUCGCUUGCGUUCUCGAAACCCUAAUCACGCUCUCUCUACGCUCUCGCGUGCGAUUCCCGAUUCUCGUCUUCUGAUUCCUCUGUGAGAUCGCGCGAUCGUUCGUGCUCCAACAAUGGCGGAUGUGGCGAUGGGGGAGACGGAGACGUUCGCUUUCCAGGCGGAGAUCAACCAGCUCCUCAGCCUCAUCAUCAACACCUUCUACUCCAACAAGGAGAUCUUCCUCCGCGAGCUCAUCAGCAACGCAUCUGAUGCGUUGGAUAAGAUCCGAUUCGAGAGCCUCACUGAUAAGAGCAAGCUCGAUGCGCAACCGGAGUUGUUCAUCAGAAUCGUACCGGAUAAGGUGAACAAGACACUAUCAGUGAUCGAUAGCGGCAUCGGCAUGACCAAGGCUGAUCUUGUGAACAAUUUGGGUACCAUUGCAAGAUCCGGCACCAAGGAGUUCAUGGAGGCACUCCAGGCUGGGGCUGAUGUGAGCAUGAUUGGCCAGUUUGGUGUCGGUUUCUAUUCUGCGUACUUGGUUGCCGAGAAGGUCAUCGUGACCACAAAGCACAAUGAUGAUGAGCAAUACAUCUGGGAGUCCCAGGCUGGUGGUUCCUUCACUGUUACUAGAGACACCUCUGGCGAGCAGCUUGGCAGGGGAACCAAGAUCACCCUCUACCUCAAGGAAGAUCAGCUGGAAUAUUUGGAGGAGAGGAGGUUGAAGGAUCUUGUAAAGAAGCACUCUGAAUUCAUCAGCUACCCAAUCUAUCUCUGGACUGAGAAGACUACUGAAAAGGAAAUUAGCGAUGAUGAAGAUGAGGAAGGAUCCAAGAAGAAGGAAGAAGAGGGAGAUGUAGAAGAGGUCGAUGAGGAGAAAGAGACUAAAUCCAAGAAGAAGAAGGUCAAGGAAGUCACCCACGAGUGGCAACUCAUCAACAAGCAGAAGCCCAUCUGGCUUCGGAAGCCUGAAGAAAUCACCAAGGAAGAGUAUGCUUCCUUCUACAAGAGCUUGACCAAUGACUGGGAGGAUCACUUGGCCGUGAAACACUUCUCGGUCGAGGGCCAGCUUGAGUUUAAAGCCAUUCUUUUCGUCCCGAGAAGGGCUCCUUUCGACCUUUUCGACACGAGGAAGAAGCUUAACAACAUUAAGCUCUACGUUCGGAGAGUCUUCAUCAUGGACAACUGCGAGGAGCUUAUGCCUGAGUAUCUUGGAUUUGUGAAGGGAGUGGUUGAUUCUGAUGAUCUGCCGCUUAACAUUUCCCGUGAAAUGCUCCAACAGAACAAGAUCCUCAAAGUGAUGAGGAAGAACCUCGUGAAGAAGUGCAUCGAGAUGUUCUUCGAGAUCGCAGAGAAUAAAGAGGACUACAACAAAUUCUAUGAAGCCUUCUCGAAGAACUUGAAAUUGGGUAUUCAUGAGGAUAGCCAGAACAGGGCGAAAUUGGCUGAUCUCCUCAGAUACUACUCAACAAAGAGCGGCGACGAAAUGACGAGCCUCAAAGACUAUGUGACCAGAAUGAAAGAAGGGCAAAAGGAUAUCUACUACAUCACAGGAGAGAGCAAGAAGGCGGUAGAGAACUCCCCCUUCCUCGAAAGGCUAAAGAAGAAGGGAUAUGAGGUUCUCUUCAUGGUGGACGCAAUCGAUGAAUAUGCUGUUGGGCAGCUGAAGGAGUACGAUGGGAAGAAGCUCGUUUCGGCAACCAAGGAAGGGCUUAAGCUCGAGGAGACAGAAGAGGAGAAGAAGAAAAGGGAAGAGAAAAAAGCUGCUUUCGAGAGCUUAUGCAAGACCAUGAAGGAAAUUUUGGGGGAUAAGGUCGAAAAGGUGGUGGUUUCUGAUAGAAUUGUGGAUUCUCCUUGUUGUUUAGUCACCGGAGAGUACGGAUGGACAGCUAACAUGGAAAGGAUCAUGAAGGCCCAAGCUUUGAGGGACAGUAGCAUGAGCUCUUACAUGUCGAGCAAGAAAACUAUGGAAAUCAACCCCGAGAAUGGUAUCAUGGAGGAGUUGAGGAAGCGGGCAGAGGCCGACAAGAAUGACAAGUCUGUGAAGGAUUUGGUGAUGCUCUUAUACGAGACGGCAUUACUGACUUCGGGGUUUAGUUUGGACGACCCAAACACAUUCGCUGGGAGGAUUCACAGGAUGUUGAAAUUAGGGUUGAACAUUGAUGAGGAUGGGGCUGGCGACGAGGAUGCCGACAUGCCGCCAUUGGAGGACGACGGCAACGAGGAGAGCAAGAUGGAGGAGGUUGAUUGAAAUGACAAUUAUGCUCGUUUGCAAAUACAAGUGUCUUUCUUGUCUCUUCUCUUUCGGUCCAUUUGUGUCUCUCUCUCUCUCAUCUUGUAGUUGCUGUGUGGGGAGGUUAACAUAUCUCUUACUUUGUAUGUAGUGUCUUGGUCGUGUUAUAUGAGCAACUGCAGCAAAACUGUUAGUCCUGUUACGAAGCGUGCGUAGUGUGUCGUACUUUUGUGUUACUAUACUUAGUGUUAUAAUGGAACAAGAACAUUCUGUGUUCUAAGUCAGUAUUCUUUUUGUGUUUUUUUCUCCUCCAA